AUGGACCCCAAGCUGACAGACGAGGAAAAAUCUCAUGUGAAGAGCAUAAGGUCCAAAAUCCAAAGAGCCCGUCAAGGAAGCAGCGAAGAGAUCUACGGAUCAGAAGACUACUGGAAGCACAUCAAGGACGAACUUGACGGGCAAGGAGAGGUCAGCAGUAUAAGAUUUCGUGCUUUGCAGAGAGGUAGCGAUUCAACAGAUCCAAACUUCGAACAAGCUGCAGAGGAGUACAUGUCACAGCAGGAGCGUCGAAACGCCAAACGGCUCUCCAUUCUUGAGAAAGAAAAAAUAUUCAAGAAGAGAAAUAGGGUCCUCCAACUGUCGGCAACCACCAACGUCACAUCUAUGCGCGCAGCCUACGUGGAGCUGCUUUUGUCUAUCAAACGAAAAACAAGCCGCCAGAACCAAAGCAACUUCUCAAGAGAUGUGCUAAAAGCAUAUGGUGGCACUACACGAGACAGCGGGGGUCUCAAAUGCUUUAGUGUAAUGGAUGGCACUUGGCAGGAUAAAGCCCAGUUCGUCGCAGCUCAUAUUUUCCCUCUCUCUCUCGGUGAAAGGACAAUGGAGUACAUAUUCGGCCCAGACGCGAGGUACGAAAUAAACUCACCACGAAACGCUCUACUUCUCCCUGAAGUAGUCGAAAGGUACUUUGAUACCCACCAGAUCGCCAUUGUUCCCGCGCACUCAGACGAGUCCGAAGUUCGAGGAUGGAAACUUUUCAUCAUCGAUAAGUCGGGGCUUUGGAACAGGAGAAUAUGCCCAUUUGUGUCCAUGACAUUUUCCGAGCUGCAUGAGCAAAAAUUAAUAUUCCCCAACAACUUCCGCCCGCGAGCGCGUUACUUAUACUUCCAUUACCUGACAUCCAUGAUCAUACACUUUAGAGCUGCAAAGAGGGCUGGUGUAGUUCGCAGUGAGCUCCCGGAUUCUGAAUGGCCUGAGCUCACGAAAGCAUGGGCUACGCAUGGAGAAUAUCUCAGGGACAGCAUGAUUUACAAUUUUAUCCAAGAGAUGGGCCAUGAUCUUCCUGAAGAGUUAAAAGAAAAUGCAAUGGCGCAUCGCGUGGCUAUACGUUCGAACAGUGAAAUUGAGGAGAUUGGGGAAGUUGUUGGGUCGUUAACUAGCUCUUCUAGUGUUUGCCCGAAGCGGGUGAUGGUGCCGUUUCAUCUAGAUAUGCUCAUGUCGUGUAUGCCUUUUGACUAA